AGUCGGUUUCUCUCUCCUCGCGGAGGAGAAACGGCGGAAAAAGAAACCGGAGAGACCGAAACAAGCGCGUCCGCGUGUCUGUCCGUCACCUGUCUGUCUGUUACCUGUCUGUGCGCCAGAGAGGCAGACGGGAAACAGCCGAAGAAGAAAGAGGAGGAAAGAGAAGAACAAGAGUUGACCAGAACCCCCCCCCCCACCCCCUCCUCCCCGCUCCGGAGGGUCUCGGUGCGAACAUGGAGCGGACUGGAACUUUCCUGCUCUCCGCGUCCCUCUUACUGGUUUCACUGGGACUAACGGGCACGCGGGCGGACACCUUCAAAGCCUGUCUGUCUGGUCAGUCGCCAGACUGUACUCUGGUCCAGUCGAAAGAAGACGACUUUGACUGGGAGCAGGGAGACACUCGAGACCGACCUGCCAGCACCCCCUGGAUCCCUGCAGGUUCCUCCUUCCUGUUUGUGAACACGUCGGGUCGUCAUGGCGGUCAGCGUGCUCAGCUGCUGCUGCCCCCCCUCAAAGAGAACGACACACACUGCGUCAGCUUCCUGUUCUACCAGGGAGGGGGCCGCGAGGGCGCCACGCCCGCCACGCUCAACGUCUACAUCAAAGAGAACAACAGUCCUCUGGGUGUUCCGGUGUUUAACUCGUCAGGCCCCGCCUACCACAUCUGGAAGGGGGUGGAGCUCGCCGUGUCCACCUUCUGGCCUAAUUACUACCAGGUGGUGUUUGAGGCGGUCAGCACCGGUCAGAGGGGAGUUCUGGCCAUCAAGGACAUCACACUGCAGGGACACCAGUGCAUGAGCACGCCUCACUUCCUGCACAUUAAAGGAGUGGAGGUGAAUGCAGGACAGACGGCGACGUUUCACUGCACCGUCAACGGACGACCGCAGAGCAACCUGCUGCUCUACCUGCAGGGCAUGGCCGGUCGUCAGGCGGUCGUCAGGGAAACCAAACCGGUGAACUCGCGCCGUUACGUGGCGAGCUUCGACGUGGAGAACACGACCAAAGGCGACUCCGGACGCUAUCGCUGCAUCGCCCAAUCAGAGCGAGGCGUGGGCGUGUCCUCGUACGCCGACCUCACAGUCAAACAGCCUCCUGUACCGAUCGCCCCCCCUCAGCUGACAGCAGUCGGCGCCACCUACUUGUGGAUCCAGCUCAACGCCAACUCCAUCAACGGAGACGGACCAAUCAUUGAGAGAGAGGUGGAGUACCGUACAAUGUUGGGCAUGUUGAUUGACACCACACCUGUCGAUAAACCCACCCAUAAGAUCGGACACCUGGACCCCGACACCGAGUACGAAAUCAGCGUGCUGCUCACCAGGCCCCUGGAGGGAGGCACGGGAAACCCUGGACCACCGCUCCGAGCCAGGACCAAGUGUGCAGAUCCGAUGCACGGCCCGCGGCGUCUGGAGGUCGUCGACAUUCAGUCCAAACAGGUGACGGUACGUUGGGAACCGUUCGGAUACAACGUGACCCGCUGCCACAGCUACAACCUGACUGUACAGUACCGCUACAGACCAGCAGGGGCCCCCAGCAGGGAGCCAUUGAAGGAGGAGGUGAGGGAAGAGGUGGUGUACGACACUCUGAGCGCCGUGCCGCAGCACACCGUUCGUAACCUUCCACCGUUCACCAAUGUCAGCCUGAGACUGGUCCUCAGUAACUCCGAGGGACGCAAGGAGAGCGAGGAGCUGCUGGUGCUGACCGACGAGGACGUUCCCGGAGCCGUUCCGGUAGAUUCGAUCAUCGGCAGCAGUUACGAGCAGCAGAUCAGUCUGAGCUGGAGAGAACCGCUGCAGACCUACGGCCUCAUCCGACAGUACGAGAUCUCCUACAAAGCCCUGAGCUCCUUCGACACGGAGUUCGACCUGUCCAAUCAGAGCGGCAAGGUGUUCAAACCGGCCAAUGAGACCAGCCACGUGUUCACCGGCCUCUACCCAGGCUCUACCUAUUCCUUCACAAUAAGAGCCUCCACCGUGAAAGGCUUCGGACCUCCAGUGAUCACCCAGUUCACCACCAAGAUCUCAGCUCCUCUGAUGCCGGCGUACGACCAGGAGUCUCCUCUAAACCAGACCGACUCCACCGUCACUGUUCUGCUGAAACCAGCUCAGAGCCGAGGAGCUCCAGUCAGUAAGUACCAGGUGGUGGUGGAGGAGGAGCGCCCCCGCAGGCAGAGGAGAGGUGCUGCAGAGAUCCUGCGCUGUUAUCCGGUGCCCAUUCACUUCCAGAACGCCACGCUGCUCAACUCUCAGUAUUACUUCAGUGCCGAGCUGCCGAUGAGCGAUCUGAGAGCACCCAUGCCCUUCUGUGUCGGUGAUAACAGGACCUACAGCGGUUACUGGAAUGCUCCUCUGCUGCCUCAUAAGAGUUAUGGGAUCUACUAUCAGGCUGUCAGCACCGCUAAUGGGGAGACAAAGAUCGACUGUGUGCGAGUGGCCACUAAAGCUGCUAUAAUCGUCACCCAGCUCACCACGCCAUACAUUCGCAUCGCCCCGGCGGCUGGCGACAAGCAGCUAACAGGAGCGGCGACAAGGAAGCCAGAACCGGGACAGGAGAAUCAGUCGGAUCACACGGUGAAGAUCGCUGGAGCCAUUGCUGGCAUCCUGCUCUUCAUCAUCAUCUUCCUCGGAGUCGUCCUGCUGAUGAAGAAACGACGAAGAAACUAUCACUCCUACACUUACUACCUGAAGUUGGCGAAGAAGAGGAAGGAAACUCUGAGCUCCAGACAGGAAAUGACUCUGAUGGUCAACAACUCCCAACACACAACCAUGGUGGACACACACACUCACACACUGAACGGACGCACUGUGUCGUCUCCAUCCUCCUUCACCCUGAAGACAAACACCAUCAGCACCACCGUCCCCAACUCCUACUACCCAGAUCCCUUCGUACCGACGGCAAUUCUGGACGAUAGUCACACUAUGACCAGUGAAACCAGUAGCCUGGUCCAGUCCCACUAUAAGCAGCGGGAGUCGGAGAGGGAGGCGUUGCCCUAUCAGACGGGACAGCUGCACCCGGCCAUCCGAGUGGCCGACCUGCUGCAGCACAUCACCCAGAUGAAAUGUGCUGAGGGUUACGGCUUCAAGGAGGAGUAUGAGAGUUUUUUUGAGGGACAGUCCGCUCCGUGGGAUUCGGCCAAAAAGGACGAGAACCGCAUGAAAAAUCGCUACGGAAACAUCAUCGCCUACGACCACUCUCGUGUGCGUCUGCAGCCUCAGGACGGAGAGAGCAGCUCCGACUACAUCAACGCCAACUACGUCGACGGAUACCACAGACCCAAUCACUACAUCGCUACCCAAGGUCCCAUGCAGGAGACGGUGUACGAUUUCUGGCGCAUGGUUUGGCAGGAGAACACCGCCGCCAUCGUCAUGGUAACCAACCUGGUAGAGGUGGGGCGGGUGAAGUGUUGUAAGUACUGGCCGGACGACACAGAGAUCUACGGCGACAUGAAGGUGACGCUGAUCGAGACUCAGCUGCUGUCGGAGUACGUGAUCCGGACCUUCGCCGUGGAGAAGAGGGGGGUGGCAGAGAUCAGGGAGAUCCGUCAGUUUCAUUUCACCGGUUGGCCCGAUCACGGCGUCCCGCUUCACGCCACCGGCCUGCUGGGCUUCAUCCGCCGCGUCAAGGCCAAGACCCCGCCCACCGCCGGCCCCACCGUGGUCCACUGCAGUGCGGGGGCGGGGCGUACAGGUUGUUUCAUAGUGAUCGACAUCAUGCUGGACAUGGCGGAGAGAGAGGGCGUGGUCGACAUCUACAACUGCGUCCGAGAGCUGAGAGCACGAAGGGUUAACAUGGUCCAGACUGAGGAGCAGUAUGUCUUCAUCCAUGACGCCAUCUUGGAGGCGUGCCUCUGUGGCGACACUGCGAUUCCGGCCAGUCAGCUGCGGUCGGUUUAUUAUGAGAUGAACCGAUUGGAUCCCCAGACCAACUCCAGUCAGAUCAAAGAGGAGUUCAGGACUCUGAACAUGGUGACGCCGACGCUGCGGGUGGAGGACUGCAGCAUCGCUCUGUUGCCUAGAAACCACGAGAAGAACCGCUGCAUGGACGUGUUGCCUCCCGACCGCUGCCUGCCGUUCCUCAUCACCAUCGACGGAGAGAGCUCCAACUACAUCAACGCCGCGCUGAUGGACAGCUACAAACAGCCGUCGGCCUUCAUCGUUACCCAGCAUCCUCUGCCCAACACGGUGAAGGACUUCUGGCGUCUGGUCCUCGACUACCACUGUACGUCCAUCGUCAUGCUGAACGACGUCGACCCGGCACAGCUGUGUCCUCAGUACUGGCCGGAGAACGGCCUCCAUCGUCUGGGCUCCCUGCAGGUGGAGUUUGUCUCUGCGGAUCUGGAGGAGGACGUCAUCAGUCGCAUCUUCAGGAUCUACAACACGGCCAGGCCUCAGGACGGGUACCGCAUGGUGCAGCAGUUCCAGUUCCUGGGCUGGCCGAUGUACCGGGACACACCCGUCUCCAAGCGCUCCUUCCUCAAACUGGUUCACCAGGUGGACAAAUGGCAGGAGGAGUAUGACGGCGGGGAGGGACGCACCGUGGUCCACUGCCUGAAUGGAGGGGGUCGCAGUGGGGUUUUCUGCAGCAUCAGUAUAGUCUGUGAGAUGUUGCGGCAGCAGCGCUGUGUCGACGUCUUUCACGCCGUUAAAACGCUGAGAAACAACAAACCAAACAUGGUGGACCUGCUGGAACAGUAUAAGUUCUGUUAUGAAGUUGCUCUGGAAUAUCUCAACUCUGCUUAGCUUCAACAUGAGACUCUUCUUCAUCCUCCUCCUCCUCCUCCACCAGCGAUAAUGCUUCACACAGUCUGACAGGAGGAAGAGGAGGAUGACAGAGAAGGAGGAAGAAGUCAACUACUGACUGAGGGUGAAGAGGAGGAGGACUGACAGAAGUGAAGUGAGGAAGAGGAGGAGGAUGUUUUUGCACUGCCUUGUUUGACUGAACUGUCUGACUGCGAGCAUGGACACACUGAACUCCGACAGACUCACUUUGUUACUCACCAUGUGUCACGUUGUUGUGUUUUCUUAUUGUUUUGUUGUAUCGAUGAGCUGAAACUAGAGGAACCAAAACGACAUCAGAGUGGAGCGUCUCGUCCCCGAUCGAUUAUCAGCUUCCGUGAACGUGAUCAGUCAGGUUAUCAACACCUGAAUCGACUUCCCAUAGUCUGAGCUCUUCUCCAGAACGUUUCUCCUGUUAGCGCAGAAAAAUCUCCAGACACAUCUAGAGCAGAGGUUUUCAAAGUUCGACACUGAGCACCCUCCCAUUUAUUUAGUCUAUAUUUGUUCACAUGUAGUCAAACUGUCCCAGUAAAAGCUGCUUAAUCAGCUCUGUUCACCUCCUGUUUGCAGCGUAGCUGUGGAUGUACAGACAACUGUCACUUAAAAACAGCAAGAUUGUGAAUGAAGUUCUGCAGCCUCUUUUUCCUCUGGUUUCUAAGGGGAUUUCUGGAGCUUUAUUCUGAAGGAUCCUCAGGAAGAGGACGUCACACUGAAUCUAAAGCUAUGUUUAUGAUGUUCGUGUGUUCAGAUUUGAUUGAGUGACGACUCUGAGAAGGGGUGUGAUUUUUGUAGCAAAUAGCGAGAUAAAUCAGCAGCCAAACUACAACAACUAACUUGCUGUUUUUCCAGCCCAGGUGUCACAAUUUGAAAACCUCUGAUCUAGAGCACGAUGGCCCCCAGCAGCAGGAUGAAAAUCCUCAGUCAUCAGGUCAUGGAAUAUCUGGACAACUGGACCUCCUUUAGGUUCUUAAAGUCCAUAAAGGCUUCUUCUGCUCUGACUGACUGGAUGAGAAAGUCCAGUUGCCUUUGACUUCGCUCUUCUACAUAAAGUUAUUAUCAUAAUAAUUCAUACGUGGAAUCAAAUAGGAAAUCAUUAAAAUCAGUUCAAUUUAAGAGCUUUUAUUGAUCAGUUCUAUAACCAAUAUGGAAUCAGUCUGUUAGGAUGAUGUCAGCUUUUAAAGGUCGAUUUUCAUUGGUCAUGGAGCAUGUGACGUCAGAGAUCAGGAUCAUCACCAGGUUUAAAUAAAUUCGAAAACGAGUAGUUGAUUAAUCAGCUCUGCUCAACAGGAAACUUGAUCACUAACAAUUCUUAAUUAUUGGUUGUUUUUGUUCAUUUGCAGUAUGAGGUAAAAAUGCCAAGACUUUUACGUUUCCAGCUUCUGAAGUGUCCGUAUAUUUAUACACAUAUAAAAUUUUUGGCUGUUAGUUUUGGAGAAAGCUGGACUGAAGAUUUCACACGGAGCUCAACAUGUAGGUUUGGAAUCCAAAGAUUUUUUACACCGGGUUUGACAUGUUGGAGAAGCAGGCCAAUGAAAUUUGAGUAAUUGUGCAGAACAGUAUCUGGUGCAAUAAAGAGAGGUCCUGGUUCUGUUAAAUUUGUAGAAAGUGUUUGAGGAAACCGUUUUUUUUAUCGCACUGAGACGGUUCUGGCUUCACGGAGAUACAGCUGAGUGUCAUCAGCGUACAGUGAUAACAGAGAUUAAUUAUGUGGCCAGGAAGCUGCAGAAAACCAGAGGGGACCAAGAACUGAACCCUGUGAGACACCGUAUAUUAAAGGGGCUGCCACCGAGAUCUGGUUAUUAUUGAAGACGCAGAACAUUUGAGAUGUAGAAGCUGGAACCGUAAAGACCAAAUGAUUAGUCGAACAUUAGAAAAAACAAAUCAAAGGACUGAUUGAUAUUCGAAACCAUCGCUAGACACAGCCCUAAUUCAGUGAUAAAUAAACACCAUCAAUCUCGAGCUCAACGGUUCAUUCUCGUCCAGACAAAACCACCUCAACUCAAGGUCCGCUUACCCGUGUAUGUUCCAGAGCUUUCAGCUGUAGCAUAGACCGAGUUUAUUCAGUUGCUAGUUUGAAUUGAAGUCCUGAAGGAGCUCAGAAUAAUGGAAAGUUUGAACAUCUACGUUUCCAUGGCAACCGUGCAAACUCAAUCUACCGAUGAUGACUGUGUGAUAAGUCAAAAGCCCAAGGAAAAAGCGACUAAGUGGACUUUUGGGUUGAGAUUCUUUUGUCAUCAUGUGUUUUCUGUUUUAUUUUGGGGUUUUUUUUUAAUUGUGUUUUUUGUAUUACCACAGAGAAACAUACAGACAUAUAAAGACAUACAGACGUUCAUGUUAAGAGUCACAGUCCGUCCAUUUGUCUGUCUUCUUCAGUGGUGUUUGAUAUUUACUGCUGCAGAUUAAAAACUAACUGGACUGGAAUCAUCCGACCACAUCAUCCUCAGUUUGAACCCCGGUCCCCCUCAGGUCGUGGUUUCUGUGUGUCUUCUCCUCAGCGGCUGGAUGAUGCUGGUCGGUGGUUUUGUUAAUAAUGUACAUAGAGCAGGAGGAAGCACGAAGAAUAUUUAUUCCUUCAGUUGUUCUCGGUGUCGAUGUCGUUGUCGUUGUGGUCGUUCUUGUGAAGCACACAGAGAGAGAGAGACAAUCAUUUCGGGCGAUUUUAGUGUUCAGAACAACAGAACCGCAGCCAGGAGACGACCUAACUCUGCC